AUGACGUGGCAGAUGGGAGGCAUGCAAGACGCGAUUAUAAGAGCGCAUGCGAGCCCAGAAGAGCUCAGGGAACAUCAAACGAGCGUGAUGUUGAGGCAAAUGAAUGAAGACAUUCGACGCGUAGAGAGUGAAGUCGUCCACAAGGAGAGCGCUGCACAGGAGAAAAGAAGAGCACCCCAGACCGAUGGAAGGAGUGCACGCGUUCCUGAUCCAAGUGAAGAACUAUCUACGUGCAAAGCUGAUCGACGAGUACGCGGAAGAUACCAACAAAGGAUCGUGGCGAUGGUCGUGGGCAACUUGAGAGAAAGCGCAUCGGCUUGGUACCAUGAUAUGUUUUGUGCCAAGAGGAUACCAGAAUAUCCUGCGAGGGCAGUUGCGACAGUUGGCAAAGGACGCGCAUCGGAUGAACUUCGACAAAAGGACCAGACUCGGAAGAUGGUGCAGUUCACUAGGUGCGCUAAUCUGGAAGAGACCAUAGCCGCUGCGAAGGCGUACGAAGAUGUCUACUUCCCACAACAAGAAGAUCGAGAGAGACACAAGAAGCCUCCGAGAGUGUAUCGGAUUCAUUUUGGUGCAUUAAACGACGAUAGCAGUCAAGACAUGGAGAUUUGUAAUGCGAUAUUCGAAAAGCAGUAG